UCAUCUAGCUCAAAAAUGGUUUAAGCCAAAGGUUUCUAAUCACCUAAGCCACAAAAAAGCCAGCUUAGAAAAGGUGGAUGUUAUCUUAUUUUGCUGAAGUGCCUUGUAAUCAUCAUCUUUGUUUGAUGAAGGGCGCUUCAAGCCUCUCCUCUGAGAUCCUGUGGCAACUACCACUGGCUCAACCAAUGAGAAACCAGCUGCUUCCUCACGAACAGAGCUGAGAUUCAAUAUAAAUACGCUCUCUGGAUCAGUAGGCCUGUACUGAAAGGCUGAAUACGUUAAAGCCUACUUAAUCACUGUAGCCUGACGGAAGAACAAAUAAAACUAAAACCUUAUGAAUAUAUAGGAUAUCUUGUAAAAUACUGCAUGAUCCAUAUAUAGUAUUUUUGAUACAUUUUUAAAGUUUUCAUUACAUUUAGGGCAUGAAAUUCAUGCUGAAUCCACCCUUCUGAUGGGAUCAGUUUAAUCCUGAUUUUUUUGGAUCAAAGUGAUUCAAAUUCUACAGAAAGGUUCUGAAAAACCCAAAUGUCCGUGUUCCUCUGAAGGUGUCAGCAGGACUUUUCCGAAUCAGCUACAUGUGCUGUACUUUAGCUGAAGACUUUCGAGGUGUUGACUGUGGGAGUCCUUCAAGUUCUGCAUAUGCUGGGUGUAACUGCAGGCCUCUGUGGGUUCGGUUCCACUAGUAGCAGAAGGUGUACUACUGCAUACCUUGUUGAACAUCAGAUCAAAUAGGUUUGAUUAGACUGAAACUUUUUAUUGUCCUAUGCACGGUUAGAUAAAUGUUUCCCUGUACAACAACAAGCCAAUUUUUAAUAGCUAGCUGAUGAUUUUUGUCGUAGAGAAACAGUUCUCUGUCAUGAACCGGGAGAGUUACCAUGUGAUGUUCCAGCCCCCGCCCAGUCGAAGUUGAAAGCCACUGUCACUGCAACUUUGCACAACUGUAAUACGAUUCAUUUUUCAGUUUAGCAACGCUUCAACAGGUAUAACAGUACUUGAUGAUCCCCUGUGCUACGUUACGUGCAUUUGCUACACAAAACUCACACAUCAACACAGAUUGUUGACAAAGCUACUGCAGUCUACGAUCAACCAUCAUUGGUGUGAAGAUGAUUGCAUGAAUACGGCGGACAUAGCCGGAAUAAAUUAAUUUAAAAAAACAAAACGUACCCAGAUUUCUGUAUCCAUGGCGUAGCCGAUUGCCAAAAGUGGUGCUAGAGAAGCGGCCUUCACAGGGAAAGUGUGGAACCUAAAAGGUGAUCCUGUAACAUCCUUAUUGUUACAACCGGGAAACUGCAAGUACGCACCAUGGCUCUAUAUAUGUAAGAACAACUCCUUUUAAGUGACUUUGGAAGUUGUUGUUUCACUCAUACAGACAGGAUUAUAGCAGCCAGAUGACGCCGUUUUGUCCCUGCGCCGAGUGGCGCAUGAUAGGAAUGAUUAAAAGUAGUCCCGUUUUAAUGUGAAGUUGUCAAUUUACCUGGCUGUGUUUCUGAGAUGUACAUUGGUCAUGCUUUCAGAGGAAAAUCCUUUUGUGACGCUAAACGGCGGCGUUGCAGUACCCCCGAAACUAGCCAGAAGUUGUUUCUGAAUCCCUUCCCCCUGAAAAUCUCUGAGCAGGGUGUGUGUGAAAUGGGUCAUUGUUUACAGAGCACUGGGUGGGAUAAGGAACGCAUACAACUUCAUAUCUCAAAAAGCGAACUAUCCCUUUAAAACAAAACUCUUGAAAAUGGAGAGAACAUGAUGCUCUACACACCAGGAGGCGUCCUACUUAUCCUGGAAAAAUAGUCUAGUGCUUUAUAAAAAUAAGCUUCAACAAGCUAGAACUGCAUAUUUUUCAUCGCUAAUUGAGGAGAAUAAGAAUAAUCCAGAAUUUCUUUUCAGUACAGUUGCCAAACUUACACAGAAUCAUAGCUCUGAACCAUCUAUUCCCUUAAGCGUUGUUUAUGCUAACGCAUUUACUUUCCGCUUGGUGAUGCGGCUCGUGGAUGGAACGUGCUUCACAACUUGCAGCGUUUAUGGUUCAUGCGGCUUGUCUCUGCGGUGAGCCAAUAUUCUCCCAAACUGUAGGGGGCAGCAUGGAGCUCUUCUCUAUGUUUAAUGAAAGUUGAGAGCCAACUCAGCUCUUUCAGAAUUGGUGGAGUGUUCUUGUUUCCACCAGGAUCACCGCUUUUCCCUUUGUUCCCCUUCCUUGCCUUCACAUAUCGGUCCCUCGUGUUUUUCCAGCCCACCUGAACCCUCCCGGAUCUCCACAAGCCUCCUUGCUCAGGAGUUAAUACAUCCAAAUACAUCCACCUGUCUGUAGUUUGGUCUACAGACACGUGGAUGUGUUUUAUCUACCAUGUCAUGUGUGUGGUUUUGUGGAAAGUUUGAUAAAAUGUGUUUUUAUUUGGGUAAGCACCUUCCUCAGUAGAAAUUAAUAGAGACCCAUCCAAGAUGGCGUCCGACCACUACUGUAGCUCCGGCGUCGGUACAGGAUCUGCUCAAGUGCAGCAUCGGCUCGGGGUCUUUUGACUGCCGAUGACGUCAAAGUUAAUUGGCUGAACAUGAAGCUUGCGGAAGUCACGUUAUGAUUUUGGUUGGUCAGAACAAAUUUACGGUCGUAGUCUUAGCAGUUGUAGUCCUGUAGUCCAUAAAUCAACACUAUUUGCAGAAAAUAUGGCCGUGUUCGAGUUGAGCUGCACCUCGCCUGGAAAACAGACGAGAGCAGACGGAUGCAGCAGGGGGAGUGGCUGAAAGCCGGCGUUAAAGUCGGACAGAUUUCCCUACAUGUGUAGCUUGUGGGUGACGAUGGCUAAAGAUAUCGCGUUAGCGUUCAUACUUGUUUAAUUAUCUAUUUUAAUUCUGGUGCCUGUUAGCAGCUGAAACACAUCCUCACAUGCUUGUGGAUGUCAUAUAUUGUAUAUGGAGACAUGACUGUAAUAAUAAGUAAAGGUUAUCAGCUGUAGCUUCAGUGUGCUCAUAGGAAACGUGACAAAAGAACACAAAACACAUUUCUCUUUAUGGCCUAUAUUGUUGUCAUCAUCAACAUAACAUGAUUUACAGAAUACAUGUGACCAACUAACAUUUCAUGUUCUACCACCGGAUGUGCUAUCCAAUUGGAUCAAAAUGUGAACCAAUCAGAUCUUAGAUCAGGUGAGAGCCAGGCGUUUCCCGUCAUCCUCUAGGUUUUGCAGCCGAGGGAGAGCAACUGCAGCACCUUGCUCCAAAAUCUGCAGCUGCCUAGACUCACAAGGUUAUCGUUGCCUACGUAGGCGUGACGUCGGAGCAAGUCGACGUCAAGUCGGACACAAAUCUAACCGGUAAGCACUGCGCGCCGAAUCACCCGUGAUCUAAUCUGCGCAGAACUGGCUCAUCUGGAACACAGCCUAUGUUUGAAUUUCUAAAGGAAAUGUAAAAUAAAAGCAAAUGAUAAACGGUGACCCUCAAAAGCUCUUGAUGUUGAUGAAACGGGGCAAAAUAAAAAUAAGAACUUUAUUGAAAGACACCAAGCAAUAUUUUGAAUCAAAGAAUGUAUUUAGAUAACAACUAAGGAAACAUACAGACGAACUCCACAUUAAUACAAACAGAUAUGGCUUCACAUAUAAGAACUGUUCUAUUGUUUGUCAGUCCGAUGUUGGUUUUAUGCAGUUUCACAUUCUUUACAAAACAAAGAUAAUAUGGUGUUUUAUUAACAAAUUACAAUUAUAAAGAAAACAUUUAGGUGUUAACAAACAAGAAUUUAUUAACAAAACUGCUGAUGUCUUUCCAAAACGUGUGUGUGAAAGCCGAGUAGAGUCGCAGUUCUAUGACGUCAUCAGCGGGCGCUGGACCCCGAGCAGAUCCUGUACCGACACCGGCGCCAGUGGCUCACCGUGUCGUUCUUCCGGUCGUUGUACGGUGAAGAACACGCCAUGUUGUUGUCUGGAGCCAGGUCUCCGUGUUCCGGGGCUCAGGCCGCUAGCGGGGCUUCGGGGUUGUGAGGCUGGGUCGGCAGAGAGGAGCAGGAAGUGGGAGCUGAGUGGGAGGAGGGACGGAGGGAGCUAGCCGCUGAGUAGCAACGGCUAGUGAUGGAGCGAUGAGUGACUGGAACGGGAAGAAGAAGAGAAGUGGAGAAGCUGGGGCCUCGAGGAGUUGACCUGGAAACGGACUUGAAUAACUGGUCAGGAGCUCCUGGCACCAGGGAUCGAUGAGCGAGCUUGUGAAUGGUGUUAAAAUAAUGGCGCUGGUUAAAGAAGAAGCUCAUGAAGAACAGAGUGCUGGUGAGGACCAGCAGGAACCAGAACACCUUCACAUAAAGGAGGAACAGGAUGACCUCUGGACCAGUCUGGAGAGAGAGCAGCUACAUUUGAAGGAGACUGAUGCUGCCAGAUUUCUAUUCACUGCUGGUUCUAUAAAGAGUGAGGAUGAUGAAGAAAAACCUCUCGUCUCACAGCUUCAUCAGCAGCAAACAGAAGACCGAGAUGUUCCAGCGAGCAGCUCAGCUGACCAUGUGACAGCAGAAAUGACAAGUCAUUUAGCAACAAGGUCUUCAGGCUGUUGUGUUAGUAAGGAAUGUGUUAUAGUGAAGCAACAUGCAGACUCUUGUAGGGAAGUCCAGAAAAAGACUAAAACGUUUAGUUGUGAUCACUGUGGAAAAGAAUUUAUGGCUAAAUCAAGUUUAAACAGUCACAUGAGAAUCCACACAGGACAGAAGCCUUUUGCCUGUGAGCUGUGUGGACAAAGAUUUAACCGAAAGACGACUUUAAACAGUCACAUGAGAAUCCACACAGGAGUAAAGCCUUUUGCCUGUGAGCUGUGUGGACAAAGAUUUACCCGAAAGACAACUUUAAACAGUCACAUGAGAAUCCACACAGGACAGAAGCCUUUUGCCUGUGAGCUGUGUGGACAAAGAUUUAACCGACGAACAACUUUAAACAGACACAUAAGAAUUCACACAGGACAAAAGCCUUUUCCCUGUGAGCUGUGUGGACAACGAUUUAACCUACGGACAACUUUAAACAGACACAUAAGAAUCCACACAGGACAGAAGCCUUUUCCCUGUGAGCUGUGUGGAAAAAGAUUUAACCUACGGACAAAUUUAAACAGACACAUAAGAAUCCACACAGGACAGAUGCCUUUUGCCUGUGAGCUCUGUGGAAAAAGAUUUAGACAUGAGACAAGUUUAAAAGGUCAUAUGAGUGUCCACACUGGACAUAAGCCUUUUGCCUGUGGGCUGUGUGGACAAAAAUUUAGUUAUAAGACACAUAUAAAAGAUCACAUUAGAACCCACACAGGACAGAAGCCUUUUGCCUGUGAGCUUUGUGGACAAAGAUUUAGACAUGAGACAAUUUUAAAAGGUCAUAUGAGUGUCCACACUGGACAGAAGCCUUUUGUCUGUGAUCUCUGUGGAAAAAUAUUUAGACAUGAGACAAUUUUAAAAGGUCAUAUGAGUGUCCACACUGGACAUAAGCCUUUUGUCUGUGAGCUGUGUGGACAAAGAUUUAGUCAUAAGAAUAAUCUAAAUAUUCACAUGACAAUCCACACAGGACUGAAACCUUUUGUCUGUGAGCUCUGUGGAAAAAGAUUUCGUUAUAAGGCAAGUUUCAAUUCUCACAUGAGAAUCCACACAGGACAGAAACCUUUUGCCUGUGAGCUCUGUGGUCAAAGAUUUCGUUAUAAGGCAAGUUUAAACAGUCAUAUGAGUGUCCACACAGGACAGAAGCCUUUUGCCUGUGAGCUGUGUGGAAAAGGAUUUAACCGAAAGACAGAUUUAAACAGACACACGAGAGUCCACACAGGACAGAAGCCUUUUAUAUGUGAGCUCUGUGGACAGGGAUUUAGUAAAAAGAUAAGUUUAAACAAUCACACAGGUGUCCACCCUGGACAGAAGCCUUUUGGUUGUGUAACAUGACGUAAGUGGUUACUUUUAAUAAAUGAUCAAUAAGAUGUGAUAUUUCCAUAUAAAUAUGAAAUAUCAAUAUUAUUGAUCUUUUGAAAUUUUAUCUAAAAUGAAACCAGGUCAUUUUGGUAAUUCAGGGAAAUCACACCUUCAUAAUAUUUUGAGACUGAGCGAAAAAUAGUUUCUAAAAACCAACUUAAUACUACAUUUCUACUACUGUGUGGGUGACGGUGGUACAGGAGUAAAUUGCUCACCCCGUAAUUGAAAGGUUGCAGGUUCGAGCCCCCGCUCAGUCUGUCGCUGUCGUAGGGUCCUUGGGCAAGACACUUAACUCACCUUGCCUGCUGGUGGUGGUCGGAGGGACCGGUGGCGCCUGUGCUCGGCAGCCUUGCCUCUGUCAGUGCGCCCCAGGACAGCUGUGGCUACAUCGUAGCUCAUCCCUGCCAGCGUGUGAAUGUGUGUGUGAAUGGGUGAAUGACUGAUUGUGUUGUAAAGCGCCUUGGGGGGUUUCCAGGACUCUAGAAGGCGCUAUAUCAAAUACAGGCCAUUUACCAUUUACUAAUGAUGACACGGAACAAAUGAUGGUAAAUUAUGGUUGAAACAAGAUAACUGGGACAAUGAAUGAAAUGAUGGAAUGUGUACUUAGAUGUUAUGUAGCAAAACCAAGUGUCUUAGAAAAUUGUGAUAUCUGGGUUGUAAAAUACGUCUGAAUGUAUGGUUUAACAAUCUCAAUAAAAACACCAUCCCACGCCA